AUAUAAGAAGGUGUAUAAUGUGUGCGCGAAACCCGGUUCUCCAACCACUCUAACGAAUGCAGAUGGAGUAUUCGGUUGACGAUGUCGCAGGAGCCAGGAGGCUGCAGCUCUCAGCGUACAUAUGCACGGCGCUGGUUACAUUCUGGACCUAUGAUUAUAUUCGCUCAAUUCAUGAGGAAUGGACAUUCCUUCUUAUGUCGCGCUGGACCAAAGUCAAAGGCCUUUAUAUCAUUGCACGAUAUAUUCCCUUUCUCCUCAUCACCGUGGAUCUAUGUCUGACCUUCGUCCUGAACGAGAACCCCAAUAAAUGUCAGAUAAUAAGCGACAUUUACGCAUCUUUUGGUCUGAUAUCACUCACUUGCUCUGAAUGCUUUUUUAUACUCAGAACGCAUGCGCUCUGGAGCAACAAUAUGAUCGUACUCUUAGCCAUACUUUCCACCCACAUUGCUAUCAUCAUAGCAUGCAUCGGCAUUCGUUUGGCCACUAUUGGCACAUCAUAUGUUACGAUUAGUGCGAUCCCAGGCAUCACAGGUUGCUACCGGAGUUCGGGCAGUUUCCCAUUCUUCGUGCCGUUCAUUCUCUUCUUUGUGUUUGCGCUGGGAUUACUCUCCCUCACACUCGUGCAAGUCAUACAGAACUGGCGGAUGGCCAAAGGCCCUCUUCAUGCCAUCCUGCUGAAGCAUAGUAUAUUCUACUAUACAUGCGGUCUUCUUCUCUCGGCCGUGAACGUCCUUAUGCCGCUGCUGUUUUCCGACUCCGCGUACUACUUCCUCCUCCAAGAAUCUUAUAUCUUUAUCAUUGCGAUCCUCGCCACGCGCAUGCACCUUCGCCUCUGGCAUAUGGACCAGCAUGUGGAUGGCUCUGACGGCCUCGUGUGGAUUUCUUUGUUCGAUAUACCACCUACACCGUGACGCCUUACCGCGCCGCUUAUUCGGGGUCGUUAGUAGAGUGAAUUUGGAGGCACGCGCUUGUCUUAUAGGAAUGC